UUUUUCCCUCUUUCUCUCUCUGACCUCUUUCCUCUCUCUCUCUCUCUCUCUCUCUCUCUCUCUUAAACAUCUGUAGCGUUUGUUGUUGUCUCUUGCUUGUUCAACGCUCCAAAAACAGCAGAAGAAAUCAGACAACAAUAAUGAAUUAAAAAAAAAAAAGCUAACCUCAUCCAGUUAAUGAUUCUCACGUCCCACAAAACCCACCAAAAACCAACAAAAAAACAAUCUUCAAUUCAUUUCAUUCCUUUUUUUUUUUCUUUUUCAAGAAAUAACCUUUCUUUCCUUCAACCCAACUCCACCCCUCUAUGACUCUUUCUCUUUGAAUCUUUCUCUUUCUCUCUCCCAAAAUCCCAACAACAAAUAUUCCAUUCUUAAUUUUUUUUUCUUUUUUUAAAAAAUAAUAUUUCAAGAAAAGGUUGUCGUUUUCAUCUGCCGGCCAUGACCGAGGUCCUCCACUCUCCUUCCCAUUUCGCUGCCUCGCCCUCCUCAAGAAGAAGAAGCUCUUCUUCUUCCUACGGUGGAGGAGGAGAGGUAGAUUUCUCCGUCAGGGACUGUGACGCAGCUGCUGCUGUUUCCGAGGAGGAGGAGGAAGAAGCUAAAGGCGGUGACGGCGACGGUGACGGUGACGGGCAGAGUAGGGAUCAACAGCUGUCGUUGUUGGCAUUGUUGGUCGCCGUUUUCAGGAAAUCGUUGAUUGCUUGCAAGAGCGACAGGAGGGAGCUUUGCUCCAUGGAGAUCGGUUGGCCAACCAAUGUUCGCCACGUGGCGCAUGUAACCUUCGACAGGUUCAAUGGCUUCUUGGGUUUGCCUGUUGAGUUCGAGCCUGAAGUUCCCAGGAGGCCCCCCAGUGCCAGCACAACUGUUUUCGGAGUUUCCACUGAAUCCAUGCAGUUAUCUUACGAUUCCAGAGGAAAUAGUGUGCCAACAAUUCUCUUACUUAUGCAAGGACACUUGUACACUCAAGGAGGCCUACGAGCAGAAGGGAUCUUCAGAAUUAAUGCGGAAAAUAGUCAAGAGGAGUUUGUGAGGGACCAAUUAAAUAGAGGAGAUGUGCCAGAAGGCAUAGAUGUACACUGUCUGGCAGGACUCAUUAAGGCUUGGUUUAGAGAACUCCCAAGUGGGGUUCUGGAUUCUCUGUCGCCUGAGCAGGUAAUCCAAUGCCAGACAGAAGAAGAGUGUGCUGCACUUGUGAGGCUUCUUCCCCCUACUGAAGCUGCUCUAUUGGAUUGGGCCAUCAACUUGAUGGCUGAUGUUGUCCAACAUGAAGAUCUGAAUAAGAUGAACGCACGAAACAUCGCUAUGGUUUUCGCGCCAAAUAUGACUCAGAUGGCUGAUCCUUUAACUGCACUGAUGUAUGCUGUCCAAGUGAUGAACUUCCUCAAGACACUUAUCUUGAAGACCCUGAAAGAAAGAAAAGAUCCUGUAAUAGAUCCUUCUCCUGCUCGCUGUUUGGAGCCUUACGAUGAGAAUGGACAUCAGAGUCCUUCCCAGACUUGCACCAAAGAUACUUCCCAAGAUAGUGAAGAGCCGGAGCAAAGUUUGAUUGCUGAAAAACCUAGUUUAGGAAGUUCCCUUGAGUCUAACCAAAACAACAAUCCGACUGACGAAGAGGUUGAGAGUUUCAUGAGCUCUAUUGAGAAACUAAAUUGUGUUGCGGACGAUGGUGGGUCUUCUGCGACUUCAGCUCCAGUUGACUCUUCAGUCAACGGAAUGGAAGCUGGUAGAGCUAACUGCAUGACGAGCGGAGUUCAAGGAAAUGCUGGAAAGUGCAAGACUGGUCAAUCCAGUAAUUCAAAUUUUAGAAAGGGUUCAAGAAAAGUGAGUGGUCAGCAGCACGUAAUUCCGUCAUCAGUGCAUGUUGAGAAAACUAAGGAAAUUAGCAAACUGAGUCGCAUGGAGUCUAGGAUGGAGCUGAUUGAAGCGUGGCGUUGAAGGAAAAGCUCUUUUCAAUGAGGGGUUGGCCUUUUUAACUGACUCUAUGGCAUCCCUUGUUACCGUGUAAGUUUGAUCAAUUCUGUAAUUGUGAGGAAACAUUGUGAAUUUGUUCCAUGUAUUUUCUCUGGCUGCUUGAGUGGUUUUUUGCUUUAACCUUUUCUGAUUUCAGGGAUGACACUCUUAUUCCACUAACAUUGCGUUAAAGUUUCAUUAAUGUUGGUUUCUUGUGUUUGUUUCUA